AUGGACGUCAAGGAACUCCUCCGGGCAGUGAUGACACAGAGUGCCGCCUUGAAGAAGGAGCUGGGAGAGUUGAGACGGGAGGUCAAGUCGUCAAGAGAAAAGGUGAAGGGAGAGGCCAGUGGAGAAGGCCCAAGACCUCCUACCUCGACUCCACCACCGUCACCUCCAAAGGAUCCACCCCCGUGCACCCCUGUGAAGGGAAGGAUGGAGCCUUCGAAUCAGGCAUGGGCCGAUGUGAAGAUCCCGGACUUCCCCGUGGGCAUCGAGGGCGACACUAUGGGGAGAGGCGCGGUUCCACGAGGUUUGGGAGUACCUGACGUGCCCGGAUCUUGGGGAGCUGGAGGGUGGGGCCUACAAGGUGGACUCCAUCGAGGGCAAGAGCGAGAAGUCCCUGGGAAUGGGGAUGCAGGCCGAGACAUGGUCAAAGGGUCUCCGCUGGAGCAGGCGGCCCAGACAGUGUUGAGGCAGUUGGGAACCACUUCAUCAGAGGGCCAAUGGGCGGAAGCCAUCAGGUCAGUGGAACUGCCACCUCUUCAGGACCUCCACGAAGGAGAUUUGGGGUCAAUCAUCCUUGGGGAUUGGAUCCAAUUGGUGACUCCAACUAUGAAGGAUUUGAGUGCGACCAGCUGGAAGUGGUGGGAGGAGGUGUUGAGCUUCGCCAUGAUGGCCUAUCGGGAGUGGCUGCAGGCUGAACCAGUUCAAAGGCUGUACAUUCGGCCGAGGGUCCCAGUCGAAUGCUCAGGGGUGUGGAGUCGGCUCGAGCAAAGGGGGCAAUUGAUGUUGCUCAAUGCCGUACCGCAGAGCAUCAAGGCAGAGAUCCGGACUACCAGUUCAGUGGAGGUGCUGUAUGCCCUGCUCAGACGCUACCAACCAGGAGGCUUGGCGGAGCGAUCACGACUCCUUCGACAGCUAGUUGAACCAAAAGCCCCGCAAACGAUGAAUGAAGUGGUGGAAGCACUGAGGGGGUGGCGUCGAAGCUUGAGGCGAGCUCAGGAACUAGAGAUUGCCACUCCAGAUGCCACUUUACUGCUGGGCGCCUUGGAUCGGAUGUCAGAACUGGUGGGAAAAACGUCGAACCAAGUGGCAUUCCGAAUGUCCUCCACAAGAGCUACGUUGGGAGUGGACGUGACGCCGAGCCUGGAGACGGUCUUGAGCUUCUCGGAUAUGCUCACAGCGGAAGCAGAGUCCCUGGCCAUCAGUGAACUGCAGCCCACAAUGGAGGCCCGGACGGCUCCUAUGCCCACAAAGGUGAAGGCCCUGGUGGCGCCGAAUGACGAGAAGGGGGAAAAGGGCUCCGGCAAGGCCAAGGGCGAGGGCAAGCACGAUGAGAAGAUCUGCAGGUUCUGGGGCUCGGAGGACGGUUGCAGGAAGGGGCAAGACUGCCGUUUCAAGCACGAUUGGGGCAGCCUGGAAAAGAAAGGCAGGUGCUUUGGGUGUUCAUCAACGAAGCACACCAAGAAGGAGUGCCCGACAGUCAAGCCGAAGGCCGACUCUGAGAAACAUGUGAAGACCUUCAAGAAGGAAGCUGAAAAGGGGGCAAGCGCCAAGAAGAUGGAGCGAGAGAUGGCAGAGGAGAACCCUCCAGCUGCAAGUGAGGAUGUGGUGGACGAGAAGAAGGUCGAGAAGCCCGCUGCGAGCUCGGGGGAGGUUCAAGCUCUGCUUUCAGAGGCAACGACAUUGCUGAAGAGCUUGAGGCCAGCCAACGAAGGAAGAACGGCUGUCAAGUCCAUCAAGUUGAGCAGCUUGGAAGUCAGAUCCAAUGAUCGAGCUCUCCUCGAUGGUGGAGCAACCCAUUGUCUCCGAAGAGCAGAGUCCGAGGAGGAAUGGAAUCGAGCUCAAGAAGUUAGGGUAGAACUAGCAGAGGGCUCAGUGAUGCUCAGGCAGAUUCCAUGGACGAAGACCCUUUUGACCCAGAACGAGGUCCAGACGAUCGUCCCACUUGGGGUGCUGAUCUCACUGGGCUAUGAAGCCUAUUGGGAGAAGGACAGGUUCACCCUCACGGACCCGAGUGGAGCACUGCUGGACGUGAUGGUGGAAGGGAUGUGCCCAACAGUGGAUGAAGGCUUGGGACGGGAGCUCAUCAAGGAGAUCGAACGAAGUAUGGUCAGAGAAAGAGCCCGCUUGGCAGUUCUGAAAGGAGAGGGUGGUCGAGGCGAGCUGGAGGUCGAAGAGGCUCACCAUCUACGAGAGCUGCGAGAGCUAUUUCCUGAAGUCCCUCUUCAAAUCCUCGUGAGGAUCUUGCCUAAGGUUGGAUGGACGGGGGAGUCUCUCCCAUGGAACAGGCAUGAGAGAAGGAGGGUAAGGAAGGCAAAAGAAGUGGUCGUGCACCUCUUCAGCGGGGACACCAAGAAGUUCUGGCAACGAGAGCUCGAGUCUGAAGGCAGAGCAGUACUCUGUGUCGACACGGUGAUCGACCGAGGGAUGAACAUCCUCAGGGACGACGUCUUUGCCUACCUGCUGGAGAUCGCUGAUGGCGGCACACUACGAGCCUUACUCGGAGGCCCACCGUGCAGGACGAUGAGCCGGUUGAGGUAUCGACAACCCGGACCUCCACCACUUCGAGAGAGGGAGGGACCCGGGAGGUUUGGCCUGCCGAAUCUGGACCCGGUGCUGAAGCAGCAGGUGGAGGACGACACUUUGUUGUGGUUGAGACAGAUCUAUCUCCACCAUCGAGCCUCGAAGGCGGCUUCGCCUCAAAAGGUGGUCACGGCAUUGGAGCAGCCUGAUGAUCCAGAAGCCUACCUGGGGGAGUCCAAGAAGGAGAUCGGACGAUGCAGGCAUCAGACCACAGAAGGAGAGACAGAGGAGGGGGACAGACACCCUCGCUACCCAACGUACUGGUCGUGGCCGGAGUGGCAGAAGGUCAAGAUGAUGUGGGACCUCUUCGAGGUAAGAUUCGACCAGGGACCGAUGGGGCACCCCCGCCGUAAACCGACGCGGCUGGGCACGAACAUGCCAAGGCUCAGGGAGCUUGAAGGGCUUCGAGGACAAGGGCAAGGUGGAGAAGACCAUCGAGGAGACUCCAUCCAGGAGAGGAUUGCGAGAUCGAAGUCAUGGGCAGCAUGGGCUCCUGGACUGAAGGCAGCGUUGGUGGUGGCUGUCAGAGAGUCGCUGGAGAAGGGCGUGACCCCGAGCCUUGAUUGGGAGAAACUCAUCGAAGCAAAGAACGAGGAGGUGGUCAUGGAAGUGGAAGGUCUGAAUGGCAUCUACAAGAAGCUGCUGGUGCGCCUUUCCUGCUUCGAUCUCUUUGUGGCUGGCGCAGGGGUGGAGCAUUUCGAAGGCUACGCGCGCAUCAUCGACCCCCACACAGUGGAGGUGAACGGUCAGCGGCAUACGGCCAAGUACAUCUGUGUCGCCACGGGUGGUCGGGCACAGAGGUUGCCCGGGAGCCCGGAGGAAGCAGGGCGCGGAGCUUGGAGACCCAAGGCUUGGGGACUCGUGAUGCCGGGUCGCCACAUCCUUGAAAGGCAGAGGAAAGAUGUUGCAAGUCGAGAUGUAUGGAGAAGUGAGAAGUGA